AUGUCACUUGAAGCUACUAUGAUCAUUGUCGACAACAGCGAAAGCAGUCGCAAUGGAGACUACACAUCAACCCGGUGGCAAUCUCAAGUCGAUGCUGUUAGUGUCAUCCACAGUGCCAAAAUGCGUGUACACCCGCAGUCAGCUGUCGGCCUCAUGAGCAUGGGCGGCAAGGGUCCCGAGGUGCUGUCAACCUUUACAUCAGACUUUGGCGCAAUUCUGGCCGGUCUGCAUCAGACGAAAAUCCACGGCACAUCCCAUCUCAGCUCGAGUAUUCAGGUUGCAGCUUUGGCCCUCAAGCACCGUAUGGAGAAGUCCCAACGCCAACGCAUCGUCGUAUUCUCAUGCUCCCCUAUCGAAGAAGAUGAGAAGACCCUCGUGAAGCUGGCCAAGAAGAUGAAGAAGAACAAUGUGUCGAUCGACGUGGUGGCAUUCGGAGAUCUUGAGUCAGACCAGACCAAGAAGCUGGAGGCCUUUGUUGAGAACGUCAAGAGUGGUGAUGGAUCCCAUCUCGCUAUCAUUCCCCCGGGUCCUCAUCUGCUUAGCGAGGAGCUGCAGCUGACCCCGAUCCUGGCUGGUGAGGAUGCCGGCACCGGCGGCGGAGGCGGCGAGGGCGGCGAAGGUGGUGGCUUCGGAUUCGAGGAUGCCGCUGAGAACGACCCCGAGCUGGCCUUUGCUUUGCGGUUAUCGCUCGAGGAGGAGAAGAACCGACAGGAGAAAGAGAAGCGCGAUCAGGAAGAGCAGGAAGGCAAGACGCAACUGGGCAAUAUCCCCGAGGAAGGCUCCAGCGGUGACAAAGAUAAGAAGGAUGAGGACAAGAUGGACACAGCGUAA